AUUCCUUCAUCCUUUAAUUAACUCAAUUGUCAUAAUUAGAGAAAGAAAAAAAUGGGUUCCAAGGCAUUUCUGAUUCUUGGCCUUUUUUUGGCCAUAUUUGUAAUGAUAAGUUCUGAGGUUUUAGCUAGGGAGUUGGCUGAGACUUCCACCACUACAUCAGAAGAGGACUCCAAGAAAUCCAGUAACAAAAAUGAAGUUCAUGAAGUCCAAUUUGGCGGAUACCCCGGUGGUGGCGGCGGAUACCCAGGUGGUGGUGGCGGUGGAUACCCUGGUGGCGGAUAUCCUGGAGGCGGCCAUGGUGGUGGUGGUGGAUAUCCUGGUGGCGGCCAUGGUGGUGGUGGAUACCCAGGCGGUGGCCGUGGUGGUGGCGGAUACCCUGGCGGUGGACGUGGUGGUGGCGGAUACCCUGGCGGUGGACAUGGUGGUGGCGGAUACCCUGGCGGUGGACAUGGUGGUGGUGGUAGAUAUUCAGGAGGUGGUGGACAUGGAGGCCACGGUGGACGUGGUGGUGGUGGCCGAAAGUGCUGUUCUUAGAUACUUAAAGGUGAAUAGUAAUAUAUAAUCACCUUGUACUUAGUGGCAAGAUGUAAUAGUAAUAUAUAAUCACCUUGUACUUAGUGGCAAGAUGUAAUAGUAAUAUUCUUGCUGCUUUUUCGAUAGAGCUUAUUGUAAGAAUUAUGAAAUAAAAGCUAUCAUGUUAUGUUUGUUAA